AUGAUUACAGAUGUAUCUAAAAAUGAUUACAGUGAAAUCAUCAUUAAUGGAGUGGAGGAUGUACAGGGGGUGUCGGUUGCCAUCUUACUGGGUCAGUGCAGAUUUUCCCUGCGGUGGCUAAGCUUGAGAUCCCUCCCUGGUGCGACAGCAGCUGAGUGCGCGUCAAAUCUGAAGAAAAUCUACACAGUGCACACAGUACAGAUAUUCUGGAGUGUGUACAAUAAUAUUCCUCCUGUGACUAGCCUGCCUUUGAGAUGUAGUUAUCAUUUAAUGAGAGGAGAGAGGCGACCGCUUUGGGAAGAGGAGAGUAAUGCAAAGGGUGGCGUAUGGAAGAUGAAAGUUCCCAAGGACAGCACGUCCACAGUUUGGAAAGAGUUGUUGUUAGCGACUAUCGGGGAGCAGUUCACAGACUGUGCAGCUGCAGAUGACGAAGUCAUAGGAGUCAGUGUCAGCGUUCGAGACCGAGAAGAUGUCGUCCAAGUCUGGAAUGUAAAUGCCUCUUUAGUGGGUGAAGCGACCGUUUUAGAAAAGAUCUAUGAACUUCUGCCCCACAUAUCUUUUAAAGCAGUAUUUUAUAAACCCCAUGAAGAGCAUCAUGCUUUUGAAGGUGGACGUGGAAAACACUAAUUGCACUCUGUAAAGAAUUCUUUGUCCUUUGCUGAUUGAUUUUGGAAACGGUCUUAACAGGAGGGAGAGUGAAGAGAAGACUUGCCGAAGCCCGAUGCUGGUCAAUUUAGAGUGGGUUUCUGUCCUUGCAGAUUGGGCAAUUAGGACUCAAAGUGGCAGGUGGGGUGGGGGAAAUCGUGUGGGUUUCUCCCGUCACAUUAUUUGCUUUUUUUUUUUUCAGCUUUCUAAAUUCUCUGUUCUUUUCACUCUGAUUUUUUUUUUUUGCCCUUUUAAAUUCCUUAUUCAGUCUAAUUAUUGUUUUCUACACUCCCCUUUCAUUGAGGCACAAGAAAUCGGUUUCCCUUUAAGUAGCUCUGCUGUACCUAGUUAAUGAGAAUAUGCAUAAUCAUGACAAUACUGCUUUUGAAAAGCACACUGUACUCGGAGGAAUACUAGCUUGGUGAAACCUGUCUUUUGAUUAUUUGUUGUGACACAUUCCUACAUACUAUGCACUGGGCAUUGUUUUUUCCUGUCCCAGGGAAAAGAAAAACCAUACUUAAUGUGAUUUUGCACUGACAGCACACACAUCUUUUAUUUUUCCUUUUUAAGACUUUUUUAGCGAUGAAAGGAAAAUAAUAGUUGGGUUGCCUGACAUGAAAACUAUAAUCACAGUUGACUGUCAGGAUAUAAAUCGAACUGUAGGUCUUCGGACUCUCUGUGGAAAUGUUUCUAACUAGAAUUUCAAUUUGGCCAUUUCAAAGGAAGACGUAGAGUGGUAGCAAAGAAUUUCUCCCGAGAGGAAGCCUUAUAUUUCUGAUUUAAAGAGGAGGUGAUAUUUUAAUUGAUGGAUUUAAGCUGCUUCCAAAUUUUGAGUGUGUGUACCAGCCGCUUAAGGCUUUCCAAAUCAAUUCGAACACGUUUUGUUAAAUGAUCCCCUUUUCCUGCUCACGUUGUACGGUUUCCAAUAAUCAAUAGUCCUCCCGCCUGGGCAGCUUCCCCCUCCCUUUCUCAUUUAGGAGCAGGAGGUUAAAUCUGAUUUCCAGGAUGAAUGUGAACAUUCAAGGAGUCGAACUUUGAGUGCAUUCUGUUCCUAUUAACUUUUGGAAUUGUUGAUAUAUUGUGUUAUAUAAAGAAAUGGUUUUAGUAGAAGGAAAUGGCCACCCUCUGGAACACUGAGACUCACUCAAAACGUGCCGAUUGCACUCUCUUCAUUUGUGCCCUCUCUUCACUCUGCCAGGCCUCCUGCUUUUACCUGAAAAAGGGCAGGGCCGUUUGAACAUGCUUCCGCCUGCUGGCUGUUUCUGGAGUCAGAGGAGCUAGUGCAUGCUUCUACAUUUCACAGAAGGGCCAGGCACUCAGAACUUCACUGGACUCAGGAUUUGUAACUCCUCUUGCAGUACUGACCAGCAGAGAAAGGUGGGGCUACUUCAAGCCUCCAACAUGUGUUUGUAAAUAAAAUUCCCAUACAAACGUUUUAAAGGACUUUCAACAAUAUCUAUUUAUAAAGUUGUGCCCUUCCCUUGCCUUACUAACCACAUCAACCACUAGAACAAUGAUCAUAGUUUUGAAAAAAUGCUUUGUUUCUAAACUUGAGUUUCUCCAGUGAUUUCAAAAUGAGGUAUAAGGAUUUCAGAUCCGUUUUUCAAAAGCCUGGAACUUAUUUCUCUAAACAUUGUACUAACAUCCAACUUGUUUUUAAAUUAUUCAUCGAGGAUUUUAAAAAAUUAUUCUGGACAUGAAUUAAAAUUCUUUUUUAUAAUAUAAGUAUUUUUCUGAUAGAUUAGAAAAAAGGAUCUAAUUGACUUAUCUUCAUUAUAAUUGUCAUAUAUUUCCAUAAGUAAAUGGAUUUUGAAGUAUUUUUAUUUUUGGACUUUAUUUAAAGCAUUGUGAUGACAUGUUCAACUUUUGCAUGUAUGUAGCCUUUGAAGUAAAAAGAAAUAAAUAAAAUAAAUAGGAAUGUUAGGCUCACA